CUGUGCUAGCCAUUCACUCCGGGUUGCCUUGUGGCGAGCCAUGGGAAGUGGAAGUUCUGUAAAUGACAAAGAGGGCGAGAACACUCCGGUCUCUGUGGGGAAGCAGCUUUGCAGUUCGGCCAUUAAAGGUGCACACACUCGAGCGGAGGAAGAACAGGCAUUGCGAGAAGCAUUUAUGACCUUCGAUCGAGACGCUUGGGGCACAAGAUCGGCUUGGCCCGGUGCAGCCCAUUUGAUUGCCCACUUUCCGGUCUUCCAAGGACGGGAACGGAGAAAUCAGCAAGACCGAGUUCACGAAGGUGAUGACGCAUCUGACCCAGUUCAACAAGAAGUUUAGUGAGCAGCAACUCGAAACCUUGUUUGAUGCAGCUGACACAGACAAGGAUGGUGCAAUUCAAUACGAGGAACUCUGCAGCUGGCUUUGCGACACUCCAUGCUUCUCGAGGUAUUUCCAAGAACUGGACAAGAUCGAGAAGGAGUACCAUCGGAGGCUCCAUACUACAACGAAGGGAGAUGCCUCAGUCAUGAGAGAGGAGGAUUCUUCUGAGUGGAUGGCGAAGCAGUUUGACAAGCGCUUGCGGCCAAUCGUGAAGGAAGUGUUCAACUCCGCGGACAAGGACAAGAAUGGUGUAUUGACAGAAGAAGAGAGCAUUCUACUGUUCAAGAACUAUGCAGAAAAGCUUAUCAGCUACGCGAUGAGCAUCAUGCAGACGGAAAAGAGCCACUGGAUUCACGAAAACCAUUGGCUAGACAAAAAGUCUCUGAAGCAGCUUGUGCCGUCGAUGAAGGCUGUGGCACAAAAACAGUUGGCAAGCUACGAAUCGCACGUGGACGACCGGAAUGAAGAAGCGUUUAAGGUCAUGGACCGGAAUCACGACGGCAAAUUAGUUUUCGAAGAGGUGGAACAAUGCCUCACACCGGGGACAUACCGGUACAGGGAGUUCCACAAGGCAUUGAGACUUUUUACGCCUGAAGCAUUCAAGGAAACCUUCGAUGCUAUGGCGACAGAGUCGGGUGACAGGGCCAGACGCAAAUCAGAUCCACAGAUUCAAUUGCUGGUGGCCCAAGGUGAUUAGCAUGAGAUUAGUCAUGAGAUUUAGUCAUAGAGCCUUUUCGCAAAUGCGAGGCGUGAGAGCGCAUAGGGAUGCGAUCUGUGUUGCUCAUGUUUACAGAUAUGGCAAGAGGUGUUUCGCAGAACUGCGCAACACUCCAAGAUGUGACGAUGAGCAGCCUGUGGUUGGAAACAGGCCAAAGACUUUCGUUGUACAGGAAAGGUUCAGAAGAAGGAGUCACCGUCAAGGUGUUCAAGUUGCGUGCGCAAUGAUGCAAAACCAGGAGCCAACCAGGAGCCGUACAUGUAUGUAACCUGAUUCCUGCAAAUGAGUGCACUCUGAAAGUGAUUUGAUGAUGCGAUCGCACAGUCGACUCUCC